AUGGACGCCAUCACCAUCCUCCGCCUCUCCUACCAUGGCGCCUCAACAGCCGUCCUCCUCACCUAUCUCACCCCUCCCCUCCGCGACCGCUUCCUCUCCUAUGGCGCCCGCUCUUCCACCACCCCCGUCUCCUCCGCCGAGCGUGAAAACCAAUCUCUAGAGUCCAAGAAAAACACACCAAGCAAGAACAUCUUGACCACCCUCCUUGACGCACUUCAAGGAUGGCAAGUCCCUCACGACUGGUUCUGGACCUUCUACGCCCUCUCCGUCACCCUCUCCGCUUUCUGGGCCGGAGAGGCUCUGCUGCUGCGUGGACCACUCUAUGAGCUUAUGCGGGAUCGCGCGGGGCCCAUGGCUACCAACAUGACUUUCGAGCAGGUAAAAGUUACAUGGAUCAUGAUGCUGGUGCAAGGAGGACGACGGCUGUAUGAGAGUCUGGUAUACGUGGAAUGGGAGGAAUUCGGGACGGACAAGAAGAUGAGUAUGAUGUGGGGCGGGCAUUGGGUGAUGGGCAUGGCUUUUUACAUGGCGACGAGCGUGGCGUUCUGGAUUGAGGGCAUACCGGCCAUCGAAAACCACAAGCCCACCUACGGUGAUUUCAUCUUCCAAGCCCCAACCUUCCGCACCAUCUUUGCUGUCCUCCUAUUCAUGCUCGCCUCCGGCUUCCAACAUGAUUGCCACUCCUACCUCGCCUACCUCAAGCGCCAACCCGCUGUCGAUCCCUCGCCACCAUCCGCCAAUACCCGCUCGUCCACCUCCCCAAACAAAGCUUCAUCCUCUUCCACCCCCGCGGUACAUACCCAAUGCGACACAACGUACAAGCUCCCAACCCACCCCGCUUUCCAGCCCCUGAUAAGCCCGCACUACACGGCCGAGGUGGUCAUCUACCUCGCACUGGCGAUCCAGAGUGCGCCGCCGGGCCGCUUGGUCAACGGAACAAUGGCGAAUGCGCUGGUGUUUGUGGUGGUGAAUCUUGGUGUCACGGCUGACGGGACGAGGGAAUGGUAUGAGAGGAAGUUCGGUCCGCAGGCUGUGGAGGGGAAGUCGAGGAUGUUGCCCGGUAUAUGGUAA